UAUUCUUCUUGUGCAAGAAGCAGAGGCAGCAAAAAAUGGUUAUGGAGAUGCGAGCCACCACCAUUAGUAGUGCAAGACCUAGGAAAGGAACCUUCUCUGUACUCUUCCUUUUCCUACUUUUCAUUCUCAUCCUCUUCAUCCUUUAAUUCUAACGUUUACUCUUACCCCCCACCCUUCUUUUUUUUUUUCCCCAAAAACAACUCUUUUAAGCAUCAAGAUUAUAUUUUUCUUUCCUCUCUUUAUUGACAUUUUUACAAAUCUGAACUAAGCCCACAACUUCUUUUGGAUUUCCGUGAUCUGGGUUUUAUAUUUUUCUUUUUUUAAUUGUUGAGGUGCUUUUGGAAUACUGAAUUCAAGAGUUUUCUAAUUAUACUGUGUUGGUGGGUGGACUUGUUUUGACUAUUAUCAUUCAAUUUUCUCGGGCUUUACUGUUUGAUUAAGGGAAAUCAGUUUGAUCAGUGUUUUCGGGUGGUUUUUGGUGGUAAUCUUUGGAUCUUCGGUUGUGUUUGAUGGAAGAAUCAACUUGGUGUCUAAUGCUGAUGAUUCUGGGAUUGGUUGAGCUAAGUUUUAAAGGUUUUCCGGUGUUUUGAAUUCGUUCAGGAAUUUAGAACACCCUUCGGUGUUGUUGUUGUAGUAUAUUUAUAUUUGUGUGUUGUAAUAGUCAUACUACAUUACAGUGUAAAUAUCAUCCAAUUUUGUUUAGGUUAGGUUAUUCAAUUCCCCCAUGGCGAUAUUUUGUGAUUCUUGGGGGUCAUAUCCUUCAGUUUGCUUUGUUGGUAUACUUAUUUCUGAUUAUCCAGAGGGGAAAAACAUUACAUCCUAAGGGGAAAAGGAUAAAGCCCACCGUUUUUAUUUUGGGUUUUUGAUAGUUUUUACUUAAUCAGGCAUCGUUUGUAAUUGUUAGUUAUUGAACUUGGAAUAAAAGUAGCCGAAGAGGAAGUAUAUUUUCAGUGUUAUGUGUGGUGGGAUAUUUCUGGUCUACGGGAAUGCAUGAUACUUCACUGCUGCAUUUCAUACAAAAGGUUAGAUCUUGGAUAUCCUGGCAAAAUAGUGAUUCAGGUUCAAUAUUUUGUGGAGUUGAGAUGAUGGACAAGAAAUGCAGCAUAUGUUGCCAUUGCAAAAGGAACAUAUUAGAAUCUCACCUCAACUACCAAUGUCAAAGCUGCAGAAGGCUGUUAUGUGGCGACUGUAUUCAGGGCCAUGCCGUUUCAGAUGAAGUAGCCUCCAGCCAUUUAAAGGAGAAGACCGAGGCCAUCUUUCAUAUUAAGUCGUGCAAGCUCUGUUAUGAACUUGGUCCCCUAAGUAAAAGUGGCCGAAGAUGCAGUGGUAAAGUUUAUCCAUCCGACUCUCCGAGACAAAGCCCAGAACCACCUGCGCCAAGUUUUAGUGGUGAGAGGUUUGGUGGUCAUUCCCCCCAUGCUCUGACUAGACAUAGUGAGGCGUCGUCCUCUAACUAUACAUCGCCAGUAUCACUUCAUUGCUCGCCAAGCAGGGCCGAUGAAGAUGUGAAAGAGGAUUCAACAAGUCACUUCUUCAGCGCACCAAGUGAAUACUUUCAUGAUGCUUCUGAUGUAGAUUUAAGUAGUUAUAGCGCGAGGCAUGAAUUUUAUAGUUACAUGUCUGUAGGAUCAAGCCCUUCUGACAGCCCCUUGAGGCUCCAUAUGACUUCCAGUAGGGUUGGGCAUUCUGUACAGCUGGAGCAAGGGGGACCGCCAAGUUCUCAAAGUGAUGGUUCCUUCAAUCAACAGCAGGCUGUUUUAGAAAGGCCUGAUAAAGGGAUUUGGGGUGCAGAAAGUGCUGAUGAUCUAUCGAUAUCUCAGCAUAAGAGUGAGAACUCCACACAACCAUGGAAUUUUGAAACCAAUGGUCGUUUUUGGUUCCCUCCUCCACCUGAUGAUGUUAAUGAUGAGGUGGAAAACAACUUAUUUACUUAUGAUGAUGAGGAUGAUGAGAUUGGGGAUUCAGGUCGCAUGUUUUUCCCUCCUGCUAGUAUUGAUUCCAUAUUUUUGGCCAAGGAGAAGCAGCAUCUUGAUAACAAAGAUCCGUGGAGAGCUGUGAUACAAGGGCAUUUUAGAGCUCUUGUAUCACAGCUUUUGCAAGGGCAGGGUAUAAGAGGUACCAAAGAUAACUGUGCUGGGGACUGGCUUGACAUAGUAGCAGCUAUAGCAUGGCAAGCUGCAAAAUUCAUAAAGCCUGAUACUAGUAAAGGAGGCAGCAUGGACCCAUGUGAAUAUUUAAAGGUCAAAUGUGUAGCUUCUGGAAGUCCUAGCCAGAGCAAACUUAUCAAAGGAGUAGUUUGUACAAAGAAUGUAAAGCACAAACGUAUGGUGUCUCAAUACAAAAACGCGAGGCUACUUCUCUUGGGAGGAGCACUGGAGUACCAAAGUAUUCCAAAUCAGCUGGCAUCUUUUGAGACAUUACUACAACAGGAAAAUGAUUAUCUGAAGACAAUUGUUUCGAAGAUAGAGGCCCAUCGUCCAAAUGUUCUGCUUGUGGAGAAAACUGUAUCUUCAUUUGCUCUAGAGCAUCUCUUAGCAAAAGAGAUCUCUUUAGUUUUGAAUGUUAAAAGACCACUAUUGGAACGGAUUGCUAGAUGUAGUGGUGCUAGCAUAACUCCAUCAACUGAUCACAUAUCUACAGCAAGGUUAGGGCACUGCGAACUCUUCCAUUUAGAGAAAGUCUCAGAAGACCACGAGCCCCUCAAUCAAUUCAACAAAAAGCCAUCAAAAACUUUGAUGUUUCUUGAAGGUUGUCCGAGGCGCUUAGGUUGCACGGUUGUGCUGCGGGGCUCUCACCGUGAAGAACUUAAGAAGGUGAAACAUGUAGUCCAAUAUGCUGUCUUUGCAGCAUAUCAUUUGUCACUUGAGACCUCUUUUCUUGCAGACGAGGGUGCUACUCUUCCUAAAGUGGCAGCAAAAUCAUCACGUUUUGUUCCCGAGAAAAUGACUCCUGGAUCAACAGAUCGCACUUUGGAGCUCGGACUGCAGGAAUCUGUGUCCGAGCUUGGUGACACUAGUUAUGAUGAAGUUUCUAUGCCAGAUGAGUUCAGAUUCAGAAAAGCACUAUCUGAGGCAUGUGAUAAGAAUUUGGCAUCGGAAUUAUCGCUCCAUGACUUGAUGCCUGCUUCUCCGAGAAUCAUAAGUCAUACUCUGACAGAAUCACUAGGUCAAGAGGAGGGCCAAUCAGGUCAAGUUGUUGAAGUAGCAAAUCCUGUAAAAGUUGUGGAUGCUGAAGGCUCCAGUGAGUACUUUUCAGCUAAUGACAGUCACCAGAGCAUAUUAGUUUCUUUCUCCAGCCACUGUAUGGUUAAUGGAACUGUAUGUGAACGGUCACGGCUCCUCCGUGUAAAGUUCUAUGGCCCUUCUGAUAAACCAUUAGGGAGGUUUCUCAGGGAUGAUCUGUUUGAUCAGUCAUAUCUAUGUCGAUCAUGCAAGGAGUCAGCUGAAGCCCAUGUCAUAUGUUAUACGCACCAGCAUGCAAAUCUUACAAUAAAUGUUAGACGCCUGCCUUCAGUUAAGCUUCCUGGAGAACAGGAUGGCAAGAUAUGGAUGUGGCACAGAUGCCUCAGGUGUACACAUAUAGGAGGAGUUCCACCGGCCACCCGAAGAGUGGUUAUGUCUGAUGCGGCCUGGGGACUUUCUUUUGGAAAGUUUCUUGAACUUAGUUUUUCAAAUCAUGCAACUGGAAACCGUGUUGCAAGCUGUGGACAUUCACUGCAAAGGGACUGCCUCAGGUUUUAUGGGUUUGGCAGUAUGGUUGCUUUCUUCCGGUAUUCUCCUAUUAACAUCCUCUCUGUUCAUUUGCCCCCCUCUGUUCUUGAAUUCGGUGGUCCCGGUGAACAAAGUUGGAUAAGAAAAGAAGCAUACGAGCUUUUGAGCAAAGCAAGAGCCUUAUAUGCAGAGAUAUCACGUGUUCUUGAGGAAGUGAAGAGCAAAAGUUCCUCUUCAAUUGAUGAAUUCUCUGAUGCAAGCGAGUUGCAUAACCAUGUUUUGGAGCUAAACAGUAUGCUUUCAGGAGAAAGAAGUCAUUAUGAAGACAUGCUCCAACUAGCUGACAAAGAGAUUCCAGAACAGGAUCAAGCGGCAGUUGACAUUCUUGAAAUUAACCGUUUGAGACAUUCUCUUCUAAUUCGUUCACAUGUUUGGGAGCAGCGGCUAUAUUUACUGGACUCCCUCCUUAAGAAAAGUUCCAGUUCGGAGGCUCCUGAUGGUGUUCCAUCUCUGACCGGACUUAAAGAUUGUGAUACAGAUUUGAGAGAUUGCAGCCUUGACCUUAGUCACGAAGAUAACAUGUCUGAGCAUCCAACAUUAGAGGAAUUCCCCGAUGAAGUUGUACCAUCCAAUAACGAGGGGCCUAAUUAUUCUCGACUUGGGCCUCAUUUGCAGGAAACCUAUGCAUUACCUACAAGCCCCCACAAAGAAGGGGAGGAUAUGUGCCAAGAUGAUGAGAUUGCUGUCAACAUUCCAUCUCUAGAACGCCACCCAUCGGCUGCAUCAAUCCUUUCUGAUAAGAUAGAUUCUGCAUGGUCUGGUGCUGAUCAGCCACCAACCGAAGCUCAUCUCCCUGCUUCACUAAAUCUGGAUGUAUCUGAAAGUUUCUCUUUCAGACAAAUAAAUCAAAAAGACAAUCCAUCUUUUAGGAGACUGAUGGGACCUACAAGAGUUUAUUCCUUUGAUUCUGCUCAGAGGCUGCAAGAAAGAAUAAAGAAAGGACUUCCUCCUUCUUCCUUGUAUUUGUCUGCACUUCGAUCUUUUCAUGCUUCUGGAGAUUACAGGCACAUGGUCAGGGAUCCUGUUACAAAUGUACAGAGGACGUACUCUCAAGUAUCGCCUCGUGAAGCCGAAAAGUUAAGUCUUCCGUCGAGUGCUCCUCCCUCUUUUAUCUCUUCUGUGUCUAUUCUCCCUGAAGGAGCAAGACUAAUGGUCCAGCAGAACAGCCAAAAUGAUAUAGUUCUUACUGUUUAUGAUAAUGAGCCCACGAGCAUAAUAUCGUAUGCACUUAGUUCGAAAGAGUAUGAGGACUGGGUUGCCGGUAGGCCAAAUGGGCUGGAAGGAAGAUCAAAUAUUAGGCUUCUUAACAAGGUGAAUUCACUAGCUUCUGACCUUUCAACGUGGCAGUCUUUUGGCUCACUGGACCUGGAUCACACCAACCACGCAAGUUACAGCUCUGAAGAUGCUUCGGCUACAGUAGGUUCAGUCUUUGCAGAUCACAGUAGUUCUCCUCAUCUUCGAAUUUCUUUUGAGGAUGAAUCUUCUAAUGCUGCUGGAAAAGUGAAGUUCUCUGUCACUUGUUAUUUCGUGAAGGAGUUUGAUGCUCUACGGAGGAGAUGUUGUCCAAGUGAAGUGGAUUUCUUGCGUUCCUUGAGCCGCUGCAAGAGAUGGAGUGCCCAAGGGGGGAAGAGUAAUGUAUAUUUUGCCAAGUCGUUUGAUGACCGGUUCAUAAUUAAACAGGUAACAAAGACCGAGUUGGAUUCCUUUGAAGAAUUCGCUCCCCAGUACUUCAAGUAUUUGACAGAUGCUCUUAGCUCAGGAAGUCCAACUUGCCUUGCCAAAGUUCUUGGCAUAUAUCAGGUUACAGUCAAACACAUGAAAGGUGGCAAAGAAGUGAAGAUGGAGUUGAUGGUGAUGGAGAAUCUCUUCUACGGAAAAAAUAUUUCCAGAGUGUACGAUCUAAAGGGCUCCGAACGAUCUCGUUACAAUUCAGACACAACAGGAGCUAACAAGGUACUGCUAGAUAUGAAUCUCUUGGAAACACUCACUACAAAUCCUAUAUUUCUUGGAAGCAAAGCCAAAAGAAGUCUGGAGAGAGCUGUCUGGAACGACACAUCAUUUCUAGCGUCGGUGGACGUGAUGGAUUCAUUGUUGGUGGGGGUGGACGAGGAACGGAAGGAGCUGGUAUUAGGGAUAAUCGAUUUCAUGAGACAGUACACUUGGGACAAGCACUUGGAGACAUGGGUGAAAGCAUCAGGAAUACUUGGUGGACCAAAGAAUGCUUCUCCAACUAUUAUUUCCCCAAAACAGUACAAGAAAAGAUUCAGGAAAGCUAUGACAACAUACUUUCUUACAGUACCUGAUCAAUGGUCAUCAUCAUCAUCAUAAGAUCAACUUUUUUGAUGGGGGCAGAGUUAAUGCCCAAGAAGAGGCAUAUAUAUAGCAGUGUAGAUACUAGCUAGAUAGGAAAAGCCUGAGGCUCAGGCAGCCCAUUUUCUCGUUUUUUCUUUUGUUUGAACUAAUUGAUUUUUCAUUAUUAUUAGAAAAUCAAAGAAACUUUGUACAA